AUGGGGGCGCUCCGGGCCCCAGCGGCGCCGGGGUCGGCAGCGCUGCCGGCGCCCGCGCGCGCCUUCUUGUUUGGCACGGCGGGCGGGGAGUCGCCCCUCCCCCUCUUGCCGGCGCUCGCCGGCGAGUCGGUCCUUGGGGGGUUGCACCGGAGCGCGAAACCCCGGAAGACCCCCCGAGCGGGCGGCGCCGUGGGUGCUCGUGGGGUUGCCGUGACCCGGGGCAUCGCGAGAGUGGGCGACGAGGCUGCCGCGGCGCCGGGGGCUGCCCCCGGUGUAGGUGCCGCCGACGGGCCGCGGGGGGUCGUCGCCGGGGUGGUCGCCGUCGUGGCCCCGGACACCACAGCGGUUGUGGUCACCGCCGGGCUGCCGGCGGAUGUCCUUGGGGCGGCGGCCGCCGCAGGGCUGCCAGUCGCCGCUGGGGCGGAUGUCGCCGGUGGGGAAGAUACCGCCGCAGCCGCCAUGGAGGCAGCCGCGGCCACUGCGUACGCCCUCGAUCUCCGCACGAUCAGGGCCGCGUAA